AUGUCCUGGAAGGACGACUGUAUGAAUCCACCCCCAUGUUUCAUCCAGCGCCUGGACCACCUUGUGUUGACUGUGAAGAGCAUUGAGGACACUGUGGCCUUUUAUUCCAAAGUCCUGGGCAUGGAGGUGGUGACUUUCAAGGGAAAUCGCAAAGCUUUACGUUUUGGCAACCAGAAGUUUAACCUGCAUGAGGCUGGGAAGGAGUUUGAACCCAAGGCUCGGUGGCCGGUCCCCGGCUCUGCAGACAUCUGCCUUAUCACACAGGUCCCCCUGGACCAGCUGCUGGAUCAUCUGAAGGCCUGUGGGGUGAUCAUUGAAGAAGGUCCCGUGGCCAGAACUGGUGCUGUGGGUCCAAUAACAUCCAUCUACUUCCGAGACCCUGAUGAGAACCUGAUUGAGGUUUCCAGGUACAGCACAGAUGUGACUGCAGUCAACAGAGGGGAACCCUAA